AUGUUGGCCAAUCCCCCGAAUGGUCUCGGUUCAGCCUUCAAGAUGUACGGCGUCGCCGGUAAAGGCUGGUGCACCAUCGACAUUCACACGCAGCGCGGCGAGUGCGACCUCGUGGCGUCCGCGCACCCGAGAGUGAAGAAAGAGCGCCCCGAAAAUCUCGUCGUCGGGUCCGUCGACCGAGGCUAA